CAGUUUUCCUCGGUUACAUAACUCUAGAAGUUUAUUUUCCACUGAAGUUAUGAUGUGUAGUGUCUCGGGUUUAAGUAUUUUAUAAUAUAUAUAAUUUAGAAGUAAAGUGUAAAAGACGCUAAUGAGAGCAGGUUGGGAUGAUCAGCUGAGAAGAGUUUGAAUGAAAAGUGUAAAUUGCCCCUGACUUACCCCUUUGCUCCUGUACACUGGAUUAAUACCCGGAAUGGACUGAUGAAGAGCAGAUAUUUAUUAGUGUUUGCAACGUGUUUUCUUUGCGUUUCUGCAGGCACACACUUUCUGCGGAUCCUCUACAUCGCCAUCACACCCGGACAUGCUGGUUUCCCAGAAUUCAUGGCUGUGGGUCUGCUGGAUGGAGAGCAGUUUAUGUCCUACAACAGCAGCAACCAAACAAUAAGCUUAACAGACUGGAUAAAGAAAAUUAAGAAUGAAACUUUCUGGAAGAGUGAGACACAGGGCAUAGAGAACAAUGAGGAUGAUUUUAAGAACACAUUCACAAUAGCACUAAACAACAGUAAAGGUAUUCACACACUACAGAGGAUAUACGGCUGUGAGCUGGAUGGUGAUGGCACCACUAGAGGCUACGAUCAAUACAGUUAUGAUGGAGAAGAUUUCAUCAGUCUGGAUCUCAGAACUGGAAGCUGGACUGAAGCUAAACCUCAAGCACUGAUCAUCAAACGCAAGUGGGAGUCUUCAGGUUAUGGGAAACACCAGAAGGACUACAUGGAGAAUGAAUGUGUUGACUUGCUGAAGCUGUUAAAGGCUCAUGGCAGAGAGACCCUGGAACGAAAAGUUUGUCCUGAGGUGUCAGUGUUCCAGAAACACUCUCCUUCUCCAGAGGUGGUGUGUCACGCUACAGGUUUCUUCCCCAAACCACUAAACAUCACCUGGCAGAAGGACGGAGAGGACGUGCAUGAGGACGUGGAGCUCAGAGAGACGUUACCCAACCAGGAUGGAAGCUUCCAGAAGAAAAGCAGUCUGAAAGUCUCAAGCAUGAAGCUGUGGAUACACAACUACACCUGUGUGGUUCAGCACAGCAGCUUGGAGAAGGAGUUAGUGCGAGAAGUACCAAAAGGUGGAGCCCCGAUUGCUAUCAUCGCUGCUGUAGUCGUGGCUCUCGUCACUCUCGUUGCCGUUGUUGCUGGAAUUGUGGUCUGGAAGAAGAAGAACUCUGGGGAGAUGAGGAAUGAGGCAGGUGUAAGGUUUUCAUGGAACAGGUCGCUCAACAUCUCUAGGUUAAGAUUUACACCUGUGGCACAGAACUCCACCGACAGAGACACAAGGAGAGCCUAAUUCAGGAGGCUUAGGGCACAAGGCGGGGUACACCCUGGACAGGAUGCCAAUCCAUCACAGGACACACACACAUACACUCACACACACACUACAGGGAACUACAGACACACACCCAGACUCUGGAAGUGCAAGGCUACACUGCUAACCACUAAGACACCGUACCGCCUGCAUGUGAGACUAAAGAAUUAAAACUUUUGCUUUGAAACACAAGGACAAUGGAUGGAUGGACCACUACAAGACUUCCACUGCACUGUUGUCGAUACAGAAUGUUGGUCAAAAGAUUAAUCUGAGCUGAAGGAUGAACAGAGGGUACAUCGGCCACUUAGAUCUUCAUCAGUUCUACAGUAAAUUAUUCCUGAAUAUAUUGUGUGUACUGUAAAGAACAUGUGAGCACAGUUCUACUGCAAUAUUAUGCUUUGCAAUACCUUAUUUAUAAGAGAAGAUAUCCCUUUAUUCAUCCCACAGUGGAGAAAUGUCUUUGUUACACUUGUUAUUAAGGAUCAGGCGUUCCCACACUGAAUGUUUAUAGAAAAAAAAACAGCAGUGGGCUCCGAGCCACAUUUACAAAUGUACAGCCCUCUUAAAAACGUUUGCCAUGUUUAUGUAUUCACUGCAGCACAGAAUCUCAUCAAUGUACUGUAUUUGAAGUCUUUUGUAAAUGUCAAUGACUUUUGCUCCUUCGUUCACCAGAAAUUCUUACACAAGUCCCACUUUGACUUGAACACCCUCAUAUUGACACGUAUUAACCAUAACCUUUUAUGGUUUGCACACACUUUUGUAUCCCUAUUUGUACAU